AUGACAUCAAUAGAUCUGACAGAAGUCAAGACAUCAAUAGAUCUGACAGAAGUCAUGACAUCAAUAGAUCUGACAGAAGUCAAGACAUCAAUAGAUCUGACCGAAGUCAUGACAUCAAUAGAUCUAACAGAAGUCAUGACAUCAAUAGAUCUGAUAGGUCAUGACAUCAAUAGAUCUGACAGAAGUCAUGACAUCAAUAGAUUUGAUAGAAGUCAUGACAUCAAUAGAUCUGACAGAAGUCAUGACAUCAAUAGAUCUGACAGAAGUCAUGACAUCAAUAGAUCUGACAGAAGUCAUGACAUCAAUAGAUCUGACAGAAGUCAUGACAUCAAUAGAUCUGACAGAAGUCAUGACAUCAAUAGAUCUGACAGAAGUCAUGACAUCAAUAGAUCUGACAGAAGUCAUGACAUCAAUAGAUCUGACAGAAGUCAUGACAUCAAUAGAUCUGAUAGAAGUCAUGACAUCAAUAGAUCUGACAGAAGUCAUGACAUCAAUAGAUCUGACAGAAGUCAUGACAUCAAUAGAUCUGACAGAAGUCAUGACAUCAAUAGAUCUGACAGAAGUCAUGACAUCAAUAGAUCUGACAGAAGUCAUGACAUCAAUAGAUCUGACAGAAGUCAUGACAUCAAUAAAUCUGACAGAAGUCAUGACAUCAAUAGAUCUGACAGAAGUCAUGACAUCAAUAGAUCUGACAGAAGUCAUGACAUCAAUAGAUCUGACAGAAGUCAUGACAUCAAUAGAUCUGACAGAAGUCAUGACAUCAAUAGAUCUGACAGAAGUCAUGACAUCAAUAGAUCUGACAGAAGUCAUGACAUCAAUAGAUCUGACAGAAGUCAUGACAUUAAUAGAUCUGACAGAAGUCAUGACAUCAAUAGAUCUGAUAGAAGUCAUGACAUCAAUAGAUCUGACAGAAGUCAUGACAUCAAUAGAUCUGACAGAAGUCAUGACAUCAAUAGAUCUGACACAAGUCAUGACAUCAAUAGAUCUGACAGAAGUCAUGACAUCAAUAGAUCUGACAGAAGUCAUGACAUCAAUAGAUUUGAUAGAAGUCAUGACAUCAAUAGAUCUGACAGAAGUCAUGACAUCAAUAGAUCUGACAGAAGUCAUGACAUCAAUAGAUCUGACAGAAGUCAUGACAUCAAUAGAUCUGACAGAAGUCAUGACAUCAAUAGAUCUGACAGAAGUCAUGACAUCAAUAGAUCUGAUAGAAGUCAUGACAUCAAUAGAUCUGACAGAAGUCAUGACAUCAAUAGAUCUGACAGAAGUCAUGACAUCAAUAGAUCUGACAGAAGUCAUGACAUCAAUAGAUCUGACAGAAGUCAUGACAUCAAUAGAUCUGACAGAAGUCAUGACAUCAAUAGAUCUGACAGAAGUCAUGACAUCAAUAGAUCUGACAGAAGUCAUAGCAACAUCAAAAAGAAGUCAUGA